CUACUUGAUCGCUCUUAAUUUGAGAUUCCUCAUUAAAUCUGCACCGUGCUCGCAGAUAGAGAGAUACUGGCCGCAAUUGCUGAAAGAAGAUAUUAGCUAUUGAGAAAUGGCCAACUCUACACACUUUGCCCAACUUAUGUAUAUAACUCGUCCAUUAAUUGGCUUAAGCCAGUUACGAUGUGCCUCGUUCUCGUGUGAUUUUACUUUCCAGAUAUUAAUCGUAAUAUUCUACACUAUGGUAUUCCGUAUACAUAUGAGAUGGUAUCUAGACAAGACAUCCGACGAACACCGUACCAACCGUUUAGCCAUCCAUGCAAUACUUAUCCAUCUUUUGUACACUUCCGGAUCUAUCCAGGCAUUUAUUACGUAUAGGGUUAUCUAUAUCAUCUUUUAUGGCCGAACAUGUAACCCAGAUGAUGACAUAUAGAAAUUAAGAAUGUCAUGAAAAUGGGGGUUAUAG